CCCCCCCCAACCUCUGUAAUGAGAGGGAAUGCUGGCAGGGCAGCCAUGGGCCAACACGGGGGCCUUCUGCGGCUGCUCUGCCUGGUGACCUUGGGUUGGACUCUGGUGCUCUGCCAGUUUCAGCCCACCCUGCAGAGCACGCGGCUGCAGCAGGAGGGGGAGUACGAGGUGAUCGUGGAGGAAGAGGAGUAUGAGGACGGAGUAGAAGAAGAGGAGGAGGUGACGGGGGUGCAGAGCGGUGGAGGAGGAGGAGGAGGAGAGACAGGGAGUAAGAAGGAGGUAGCGGGGAGCUGUCCCAAGGCCUGCACCUGCUCUGACGAGGGAUCGGUGGACUGCGCUGGGGUUAACCUCGCCGAGUUCCCCAGCAGCCUCUCAGAUCAAACUCGCCAGCUCUCUCUACAGAAUAACCAGAUCGCCGAGGUUACCACGGAGGAUCUGGCACGCCUCCACCUACUGCAGACCCUUAACCUGCAAAACAACCGCCUCACCACUCAAGGUCUUGAAGAUGAAGGGUUUGAAGUGCUAGAGCAACUGAACUACUUGUAUUUGGCAAAUAACAAGCUCACUGCAGCUCCAAAGCACCUUCCACCAUCUCUGGUCAGCGCAGACUUCGCAGCCAACCAACUCACCAAGAUCUACCCGUACACGUUCGGCCAGAAACCUGGCCUCAAAUCAGUAUACUUACAUAACAAUAAGCUGACAGAUGCAGGCCUCCCUGAAGACAUGUUCAAUGGCUCCAGCAGCCUUGAAAUCCUCAUUAUGUCCAGCAACUUUCUCCGUUCGGUGCCCAAGAACCUCCCCACUGCACUCUACCGCCUCCACCUGAAGAAUAACAAGCUGGUGAAGAUUCCCUCGGGCGCGUUUGAGAACCUUUCCAAUUUAUGGGAGCUUUGCCUGCAGAACAACGUGCUCAACAACGAUGGCAUGGACAACGAGACCUUUGGUCAGCUGAGAAGCCUGGAGUACCUGGACAUGUCCAACAACAACCUGACGGAGGUGCCCGACGGCCUCCCGCGCAACCUGGUGGUGCUCCACCUGGAGAAGAACAGCAUCCAGAGCAUCACGGCCUCGGCCCUGACGCCCGUGCGCAACCUGGAGUACCUGCUGCUGCACAACAACCAGCUGCGCUCGCGCUUCAUCGACCCGGCCGCCUUCCGGGGCCUGAAGAAGCUGCACACGCUGCACAUGUACCACAACCAGCUGGAGCGCGUGCCCCGGGGCCUGCCGCGGCGCGCCAAGACCCUCAUGCUGCUGCACAACCGCAUCGCCGAGAUCAGCCGCAACGACCUGAUCCUGCUCUACACGCUCAUCGAGCUCAACCUGAGCUACAACCGGCUGACCAACGCGCGGCUGCACCACGAGGCCUUCCGCAAGCUGCGGCUCCUGGAGAGGCUGGAUCUGUCAGGCAACGGGCUCCACGCGCUGCCCCUGGGCCUGCCGCGCAGCCUGCAGACACUCAAGGUCAAGGACAACCAGCUGAACGUCAUCCCCGACGGGGCACUGGCCGGUAUGAGCAAGCUGAGGGAGAUCAACCUGGCCAACAACCAGCUCAAGCUCAACUCUAUCUACCAGGGAGCGUGGCAGGAGCUCAGCGACCUGACGACCUUGGAUCUGUCGGGGAACCUGCUGUCUCAUGUCCCCCCAGACCUGCCCGAGUCUCUAGAGUUCCUCCACCUCCAGAGCAACCGCAUCAGCACGCUCCCAGAAACCGCAUUUGAAGGAACGCCCAACAUCAAGGGCAUCUUCCUGAAGUUCAACCCACUGUCGGCGCGCAUGGUGAAAGAGAGCUCAUUUGCCCACCUAGUCCACCUGCAAGUGCUUGACCUCGGCUACGGUAAUGCAUCCCAAGGCCCGGGGACUGAGGAGGAGGAGGAGGAGGAGGAGGAGGAGGUGGACUUUGGAAGUCGGGCCAGGGCCAGCGGAGGAGGAGGAGGGGGAGGAAGAGGAGGACAAAGAGACAGCGGUAGGGUCUAAACAAACACAACUGUGAAGAGGAGCCGCCGUUCGAUGUUCCGGAUGGAUCCAGGUGCACGGUGCCCCUGUGUGCCGUUAACUGUUUACCCCUAAUGAGAGCCUCUUCGAGCUGAGCCCUUCUCAGCUUCAGCUCUUGGAUGGGUACACAGAGUUGGACAUUUGGGAAGAGAGGGGGGGGGAGUCAGGGAUUCAGAUAAGUUGAUACAAGUUGUGAUGGCAAUGGACUUGCGCAUGUUGGAGUAUUAGCAAGCAGAUGUAUGGAAGGAAUACAUUUCCCCCUUUUUGUCUGGUGCAGGAUACCAGGCUGCCCCCAACCCCCAAACUUUGUGGUCAUCUAAGAUCAAUGCAGAUGUGUUUAUUUUGCUUAAGGUGGCACUAAAGGUGAGAGUUAUACACAGGGCAGGCUUUGAGUUGUAUCUCACAAAAAAAAAAAAGAAAAAAAAAUACAAAUACAUGGGACUAGUAUUCAGCGUUAGUGUGGCUAGAAUCACUCUCUGAGCUGUCUUUCAAGUCGGACUAGUCGAGCUGCAAGUCACCAUUGGGGCUCAUCGGUGGAUUAGCCGGGAGGACGCCCCUCAGCCAGCUUCAGUCGUGCUGCUUGGGCACAAGGCUAUUGCAUGCUAUUGCGAAGUUACACAGUCUGUGUUUUUCAAACCUUUCUGUCCUUUAUUUGUGUAGCAAAUGUGAGUUUUCUUUUGCAAAAUCAAGAUUACAUCUAUUUUUGUACGGUAUAUAGAAAUACUCACUCACCUGACUUCCGACUCAGUAUUUUGAAACUGACGAAUAACCACACUUCUACACUUUUUGCAUUCAAAAUAAAAGUCUUGGCAGAUAAUUAUGUAUUGUACAGUCCUCCUUUUAUCUGCUCCUUGUAAGUGUAUCCCCCAUAAAAGUCACUCUUAAUCUGGGUAACCUUCGUUGUGAGAUGCACCGUCUCAGUGCAGUGAACUCAACCCUGCAACACUGGACACGGGAGACUAAUCAGGAGGCUGAGGCCAGUGGUUUCCAGAGACUGUCGCUAGCACGUCGGCACUGGAGGGCAAAGGUUUACUCACUACGCAGCCCUAUACCUGCUAGUGUCCGUCAAGUCAGAGGUGACAUUUAAUACUCUAAUAUUCAUCACAGGGGUCAUGUUAUGUAUAAAAUAUUUUAUUGAUAAAUAAUUAUUUUUUAGAUUGACAUGAGAAAAAAAAAAUGCUACUGCUAUAACCAAUCACAGAGAGCUCAUCGCUGCGCUAGUGAGCUGUCUGCUUUGUCAUCCCCACUGAAGUGCUGCCCUGUGUUUGGUGCACGGCCAGUCAGAAGGGUAGCCUUUGUCUUUGAUAGAAGAUCUAAAAGGAUGUAUUCGAGUAAUGGGUACACUUUCAUCUUUUUCACUAUACUGUAUACUGUAUCUAGUAAGAGACAGGGUGAAUGGAAGUAAAAGAAAAGAGAAAAAAAAACAGUUAAUUAAGGGGGGAAUUUGAAAAGAAAUGGG